AUGCAAAAAGUUGAAUCAUUAUUGAAAUAUGAUAGGGAGCAUGUCUGGCAUCCUUACACCUCUACUAUUAAUCCAUUGCCAUGUUAUCUGGUUGAUUCAGCACACGGUGUAAAAAUAAAUCUUGCCACAGGCGAAACCUUGAUUGAUGGAAUGAGUUCUUGGUGGGCUGCAAUUCAUGGAUACAACCACCCAGAACUAAACGAGGCCGCCGUAUGCCAAUUGCAGAAAAUGUCACAUAUUAUGUUUGGAGGAUUAACGCAUCAGCCAGCAAUUGAAUUGGUUAAAACACUAAUUGAUAUGACACCACCGGAGCUAGAGCACUGCUUCCUUGCGGAUUCUGGAUCGGUUGCAGUUGAGGUGAGUAUGAAAAUGGCAUUCCAGUAUUGUGACACCAGAUUCGGCCUUGAUGAAGCAUGUCAGAAAAAGAAAUUCAUGACAGUAAAUUAUGGGUACCACGGUGAUACCUUUGGUGCCAUGUCGGUAUGUGACCCUGUUAAUUCAAUGCAUAGCUUAUAUUCUGGUUACGUGAGAGAAAAUAUAUUUGUCAAACCUCCGAAAUGCCGGUUUGGUGACGCAUGGGAUGAAAAGUACAUUGCCUCGUUUGCAAAAGCUAUUGAAAAACACCACCAUGAGGUUAUUGCAGUAAUUAUUGAGCCUAUUGUACAAGGUGCUGGUGGUAUGAGAAUAUAUCACCCAGAAUACUUAAAACAAAUUCGUCAAUUGUGUACCAAAUAUGAGGUGUUGCUAAUCCUCGAUGAAAUUGCAACAGGUUUCGGUAGGACAGGAAAGCUUUUUGCUUAUGAACAUGCUGACAUCACCCCUGAUAUUCUAUGUGUUGGAAAAGCAUUAACUGGAGGAUAUUUGACAUUGAGUGCGGUGCUUUGUACAAAAGAAGUUGCAGGGCUUGUUUGCUCUGGUCGUGCAAAGGGCUUUAUGCAUGGCCCAACCUUUAUGGGCAAUCCUCUUGCUUGCAGCAUUGCAUUGAAAAGUUUAGAACUUAUCAAAAGGGGUAGUUGGAAAACUCAAGUACAAGCUAUAGAGUCUUCAUUCAAAUCUGCAUUGCCCGCAUUGCGAGAUCUUGACAUUGUUAGAGAUGUAAGGAUUAUUGGAGCUAUUGGUGUAAUCGAAUUAACGGUUAUGGUUGAUGCAAAAUGGUUUCAAGAGCAAUUUGUUCAAAGAGGAGUUUGGGUAAGACCUUUUGGAAAGCUUGUUUAUAUGAUGCCACCUUUCAUCAUUAAUGAUUCAGAGCUAGGAAAACUAAUAAAAUCCGUCGUUGAUGUUAUCAGACUUUUUGCCUCUAUUAAAACUUAG